CCACACAAGCUCCGUCCCUUCCAGCACGUGACCUGACUACCCGGUACUACGUACCUUGGCCACUUCCUGUGUGCGAGCAAUCGAGCCGUAACAACAUUGAAUUCGAGACGACAUCAGAGUGCCUGCAGCAGCUGGCCGCGAUGCAUCCCACGAGAGCCUCAAGGUCACUAAAGAACCUCUUCGCAGGUUAUCACGAGCCGGCAAACUUGAGCUCACGACAGACAGUCAAGCUCCUUGAUGAUCUCAAAGCAUCUUUCAGAGCCCAGCUCGACCGGGAACAUGGCUUUCCUCAGAACACUUCAGAUCCCAGUGUGGGGACAAGUGCGCAAUCCUCUGACUCUCUAUCAGUCACGCGGGCUUCUGCAGCGAGCAUACACCUGCAGCAGCUAUUGCAAAACCCAAUAUUUCUCCAAAGAGACCGGCCUGCAUUAAAGCACAAUGUGCAGCUGGGCACCCCUCAAGACCCUAUGGAUGUCUUUGACCGAGCUGCGGCAAAGGGGGUCCUCACUAUGAAAGCCGCAAAAGGGUGUCUCAUGGCCAAACACCGACAAUUAAAGGCAUCUCCAGGAUAUCCAACAAAUUUAGCAGACACCAAUGUCGGGCUCAGAGCUCUCCAGUGGCUGCAAACGUUGCCGGAAUACCAGAGCCCCCAGUUCACAGUGGAUAUUCACCUUCUUACCGAGAUAAUACCAUAUCUGCAAGCAGAAGGCCGGAUCGGGGUCGUGUGGCAAUGGCUCUCACGCAUGAUUGAAGCCAGCUCGGACACUAGCAGUGAACAACACUCGGGGCGGCUCGGCAUCCUCCUUACACGCAUCGUGUCAGCCCAGAUGCGUAUGAGACAGGACAGCUUGGAUGGGGCCAUCAUGACACUGUUGGAAGCAGACAAGGCCUUCAAAACGCAUGGACUGGCCCGCAAAGACUUCCGAAGAUACCUGCACCACCCAUGGCGCACCGUGUCGUGGGAGACGACGGUCAACGCGAAGCUGGACCGACCUGAGCCCACUCCCAAGCUAUACGAUGAACAUGUUGGGAUCGCCGAUAGCUUUCGUGACCGUCUUGAUGUUGAGAGGGCUCACCUGCUGCUCCACCAUCCCAAGCACCCCGACUGCGAGCCUGCCCUGCGGCUACUCGGCGAGAAAGGCAGAGUGGAGGAUAUCCUAUGCCGGUCCAUUGCGCGUGAUGGGUCCGCCACAAUGGACUGUGUCUCGUGGCUGAGAGUUCUGGUGAAAGAUGCACUUGGAUAUCUCCAGGAAUGUGGAUCCGCAGCUGAGCUUGAUCAUUUCAAAGGGUCUCUCAAAGCCGUGUUCCGGUACGAUAUGAGCCUGCCUGGACUCGCGUCUGUCCCAAGAAAGCAAGCUGUCGGGUGAGAUUUGCCGACACUGCAUCCACCUGAAGAUGUUACCAACACCCACGGCCACUUCACAGUUGACAUAUCAACGUGGCCCCGCGCGGAUUG